CCGCUGCCCUCAGGCCCCGGCCCCGCCAUGUCGGAGCGGCUGGCCAAGCCCUCCUGCCUCAUCGUCGCCAGCGCCGCCACCGCGGGUGUUUCAGCCCAGUCGUUCCUUCACUGCUUUACUCUGGCCAGCUCUGCCUUUAACCUGCAAGUGGCAACACCUGGGGGGAAGCCCAUUGACUUUGUGGAUGUGAACGAGGGCAACACGCGCUGGAUCCAGGACUUCCGCAUGAAAUCCUACGCCAGCCCCGCCAAGCUGGAGUCCAUCGAUGGGGCUCGGUACCACGCCCUGCUGAUCCCAAACUGCCCCGGGGCUGUGACUGACCUGGCCAACAGCGGCUACCUGGCCAAGAUCCUGCAGCACUUCAGCACUGAGAGCAAGCCUAUCUGUGCUGUGGGGCAGGGAGUGGCAGCUUUGUGUUGUGCCACCAAUGAGGAUAAAUCCUGGGUUUUCCAGGGAUACAGCCUGACAGGGCCCUCUGUGUACGAGCUGGUGAGGCAGCCCAAUUUCGCCAGUUUGUCCAUUAUUGUGGAGGAUUUUGUGAAGGAUUCUGGAGCUACAUUCAGUGCCAGCAGCCCAGAUGCUGUCCAUGUGGUGCUGGACAGGCACCUGGUGACAGGACAGAAUGAGAAUUCCACCCUUCCUGCUGUCCAGAACCUCCUGAUUCUUUGCAAUGUCAGCAGGAAAUGAAGGGGAAGGUCUGUUUGCAAAGAGGAUGGAUGAAGAGCCAGCAGGCUGAGGAUUUCCAUGGCUGUGACCUGGAUGAAGACCCCUCUGAACCCCUGUCCUGGACUCUGAAGUGACUGUGGCAGUGCCAGGUUCUGUGUGGAUGGAAUGGAUGGAGGUUGUCAGAAGCAGCUGGGACACUCCCUUAUAUUUUUGCUGCUCCAUUUCCUCACUGCUUCUCUAGACCCUCAGUUUACAGAUGUGGGGAGCCAUCUCCUCAAAACCCCCCAAAAGUUGGUGCUGUGCAUACAAAUUGCUGAAGCUGUGCUGGUGCACAGCGUGCCCUUGUUUUCUUCCUGUUCACAUGGCUGGAAUUGUGUUCAGAAAGUUUGCUCAGCUUUUUUUUUUAACGUGGUCCUACAAUUGUUUAUUUGUUCUCCUUUGUGCUGCUUAUGUUGUGGGUUUUGUUCUCUUGGAAAUACUCCUCUCUGGGAGCACAUUGCUGCUGUCUCUUGCUGGAAUUUUGUGGACUGGGGCACUGAAAAUGCAGGUGGUUAAUGUGGGUCCCAUCUGAGGACCCAGCUGUGGGGUGGAGUCUGGGCUUCUCCUUCCUUCUGAGCUGCAGGUGUGGCUUGAGGCUGAGCAUGGGAAGGAAUAACCAGACUGAGAUUUUUUUUUUUAAUUGUUGCAGGCUCAAACAUACAAAAUUAUUGGAAAGUAGAUAAAUUAACUUUUAGAUAAUUGAUUUUCCUUCCCUCUUGGAAUUGUGGGCAGCAUUUCUCCAGUGCCCUAAAGAAAUGGGGCUGCAUUUUUGUUUUCUUACCAGGAUAUUACAAUAUUUUGGUUCUAACAAAUCAUCAAGUCAGGAAAUUUUCUCUUUUCUGUGUGAAUCCAUAUUUUUUAGCUCUGUCUCAAGAAUUCAGUGUGAUUUGAAAAGACAGACUGCUGUGGGCUUUGCUGGGUCUUCUGCUGUUGCAUUCUGGAGCCCAGCUCACAGAACCUUGGCAUCGAUGGAAAUGAAAACCAGAAUUUGAAAUGAAAAUUGUGCUUUGAUAGAUAUUAAAUGAUCAAUCAGCUUUGAUAAUUUAAAUCUUCAUUCCUGCCAAGCCAUCUUGGGGAUUUGAUGUUGACACCAUCAGGAAAUACUUUCAGUCUGGAAAGCCACAUCUUGUUUGUGAGGUGGGAGACUGUAUUUCCUUAGGGUCUUUGUUUCCAUGGGAUUUUGCCAAAAUUGCUACAUCUUUUCUCUGCUUACCUGUAAAAAUAGAACAUUGGUGUCUA